AUGAAAUUAUCUCCAAUAUGUUAAACUCACCUCCCUUCCAAAUCUAAUCCAUUGUCUCCUGUUGUAUAGAAUAUUAAAAAGCAUAGCAUUCAUAGUAUUGAAAAUGAAAAAAGAGACUUCAGGUACUAUACUCCAUUCAUUUUUUAGCAAUCAGUUAGAAUUAAGAAUUAAUUAAUUAGUUGAAGAGAACAAAAAAGUUAAUCUCUAAUUGAACGAUAAAAUUUAAGAAAAUGAAUAAUUAAGACGCUAAAUCAUGGAAUAAGAAAUUCAAAUCAAUAAAUUAAAAGGUAUUGAACAUGAACUUAUAUUGGUUAAAGAAUUAUCUGAUAUUAGAUUUUAAGAUGUAUUUCAAAUUCAAUUUAUAUUAGAAUGAAAAAUCAAAAUAAUAAGCAGAACAAUUGUAUCGAGAAUUAACAGAUAUAUAAAUAGUAUUUCAAGAUUCUUCUACAAAACUUAUUUAACAAACAGAAGAAAUAUAAUCAUGGAAAAUUCGAUAUGCUGAAUUAGAUUCUACAAGGCUAUAAUAGUUAUAAGGUAAUAUGUUCAAUCUAUUUCUAGAGUUGAAACAAUAAAUUCAUAAAUAAUAAGAUGAAGAUGAAUUAAAGUCCAAAUUUAUAUAAAAUAUUACAGAUAUGGAAAAAACUAUCCAUUCUUUAUAAGAAUAAUUAAAAUAGAAGGAAGAAUCUUUAAAAUUAGCCAAUGAAGAUAUAAAUUCAUGGAAAAUUAAAUAUUCGAAAGUUUAAAUCUAACAAAAAUAAGUUGCUAAUGAUAAAGAAAAGGAUUAAAAAAUUUAAAUGUUAAUAGAUGAAAUUGAACGUUUAAAUGAUUUAUUGGGCUAAAGAAAUGAUGAAAUUUAUACACUCAAAAGAUUGGCUGAAAAAACAGCUUAGCUAAUUUCUAUAAGUUAAAGAGCUUAAAGAUCAACUAGUGGUCAAAAAUACAAAUGA